CUUUUUCAACCUCCCCCUCAUUCCCCUCACCCCUCCCUCACCCCUCCUUCUCUCGCUUCAUUCUCCUCCUUUCAUCAUGCUCUCGGGUAUCCUUGUCUUCAACCAGAAGGGCGAGAACCUUAUCUUCCGCUCUUUCCGCAGCGAUUGCCGGCCGCGCCUGGCCGACAUCUUCCGCAUUCAGGUCAUCUCCAACCCGCAGGUGCGCUCGCCCAUUCUGACACUCGGCUCGACAACUUUCAGCCAUGUCAAGCACGAGAACAUUUACUUGGUCGCGGUGACGAAAAGCAACGCCAAUGCCGCUCUCGUUUUCGAGUUUCUCUACCGGCUGGUGAUGCUUGGGCGGAGCUACUUUGGGAAGUUCGAUGAGGAAGCUGUGAAGAACAACUUUGUGCUCAUUUACGAGCUACUGGACGAAAUCCUCGACUACGGAUACCCUCAGAACACAGAAACUGACACGCUCAAGAUGUACAUCACGACGGAGGGGGUGCGGUCGGCGAUUGCCAACUCGGCGACGGACUCGAGCCGGAUCACGAUGCAAGCGACGGGUGCCCUAUCGUGGCGACGGUCGGAUGUAAAAUACCGCAAGAACGAGGCGUUUGUGGACGUGAUCGAGGACGUGAACCUGCUGAUGUCGGCGACGGGGACGGUGCUGCGGGCGGACGUCAACGGUCAGAUCGUGAUGCGGGCGUACCUGUCCGGCACACCGGAGUGCAAGUUCGGGCUGAAUGACCGGUUGUUGUUGGAUGGGGACUCGGCCGGGGGCAGCGGGGGCGGCAGCGGCAGCAGCUCGUUCGGCGGCGGCGGCGUGGUGACGGGCAACCGGGAUGGCACGACCAAGGCGACGCGCGCGGCGGCGGGUUCUGUCACGCUGGAGGACUGCCAGUUCCACCAGUGCGUGAAGCUAGGCCGAUUCGACGCGGACCGGAUCAUCUCGUUUGUGCCGCCCGAUGGAGAGUUCGAGCUGAUGCGCUACCGCGCCACGGAGAACGUUAACCUGCCCUUCAAGGUGCAUCCGAUCGUGCGCGAGGUCGGUACUACGAAGGUUGAGUAUAGUGUGGCUAUCAAGGCCAACUACAGCUCUAAGUUGUUCGCCACCAACGUCGUCAUCCGCAUCCCCACCCCGCUCAAUACCGCGAAGACCACCGAGCGCACCAGUCAGGGCCGUGCCAAGUACGAGCCCGAGCACAAUAAUAUCGUCUGGAAGAUCGCGCGCUUCUCCGGUGGCAGCGAGUACGUGCUCACGGCCGAGGCGACGCUGACUAGCAUGACGCACCAGAAGGCGUGGAGCCGGCCGCCGCUCAGUCUGUCGUUCAGUCUGCUCAUGUUCACCAGUUCGGGACUGCUGGUGCGUUACCUUAAGGUGUUUGAGAAGAGCAAUUACAGCAGCGUCAAGUGGGUGCGGUAUAUGACUCGUGCUGGAAGUUAUGAGAUCCGAUUCUAGCUGUUACUGUUGCUGCAGGCAGAGCAGUGAUGGGGUUGGCCACAUAGAGAAGAGAAGAGGCCAUUGCAGGCAAAAGAAAUAUCAAGAAUCAGCACGCUGUCAUUCUACCUCGUUACACAUUUCUCUGGCAUAUUUUGUUACUUCCCUACCAUUCUUCAUCGACUGAUGGACUGUGCAUUCUACCCUAUACAUUAUUACUUUUGUUCACAUCGAGCUUGGUGUCUGGCGUUGGGUUUGUUGUCUUACCGGACCGUGUGCAUAUUUGUGGUCGAGCUGAAUGAAAGGACAAUAUCAAGGACUGCUACCACAUAAUCUGUUUGUCAGGAUUGACCUGGUUGUACACGUUUUUACACGUCAUUAUCCAACGAUCUUCAUGGUUCUUUCCUGCAUACCGACAAAUACGAAUG